AUGGCUCUCAGUCCGUGUGCUGCUGCUGCUAGAAGGGGACUGACUGCUGUCUCCGUAGCAGCAGGAGAAGAAGAGGAAGCUCUUGCUGCUGCUCUUGCUGCAGCAGCAAAGCAGCAGACAGCAGCAGCAACUGCUGCUGCUAGCAGCGGCCUGCUGCUGCUGCCCCCCAUACACAGCUGUGUAGUAGUAGAAUCGCUAGACAGGGAGCUGCUGCUGCUGCUGCGGCAGCAGCAGCAAGUCGUGCUGCAGCUGCUGCAGGCCGUGGAGCAGCAGCAGCAAGCGUGGCAGCAGCAGCAGCAGCAGCAGCAGCAGCAGCAGCGGCCUGUGCUCCAGCAGGCGCAGCAGCAGCAGCAGCAGCAGCAGCAGAAGCAGUAUCAACGGCGGCAGCAGCAGCUGCUGCUAGCAAGAACAGUAUGGAGCAAGCUGCUGCGGAAGUUGCAGCGCAGCAGCAGCAGCUGCAGCAGCAGCAGCAGCCCCUGCUGCUGCUGCAGGCGACGCCUUAUAAGAGCUCAAACAGCAGCAGCAACACAAACAGCAGCAACCCCACACACCUACGACCACCAGCAGCAGCAGCAGCAGCAGCAGCAGCAGCUGCAGCAGCAGCAGCAGCAGCAUAGAUUUAUAAGCUUAGAGAGCAGCAGCUGCAACUCUCCUUCGGUGUGCAGCAGCAGCUCUGGUGACAGAGACAGCAGCACCUUCGCAGCAGCAGCAGCAGCAGCACCCGCCCCAGCAGCAGCAGCAGCAGCAGCAGCAGCAGCAGCAGCAGCAGCAGCAGCAGCAGCAAAACUGAGGCGGACAGAGUGGCAAGAGGAGUCGCUUUGCUGCUGCAGCGGAUGGAGGAGCCUGGGGAGAGUUGCUGCUGCUGUGCCCCCUGAAGACGUUGGGGUGUAUCUGCUGCAGCGCUGCUGGUGUGCUGCUGCUGCUGCUGCUGCAGCAGCAGCAGCAGGAGCAGCAGGAGCAGCAGGAGCAGCAGCAACAGCAGCAGCAGCAGAAACAACAGCAGCAGGUGCUGCUGCUGCUUCAAUAAGCUCUCAGGCAGGAGAUUAA